AUGAGGCAAUGCAUCGAGUGGAAGCUGCAUUUGAAGCCGGCACAUCCCUUGGACCCUCUCGUCGAGCAGCAUCGACGCCGCGUCUUCUGGGAGUGCUAUGUGCUUGACCGGUAUAGCUCCGGAAUUCUGGGACGACCAUUUGCAAUCGCAGAAUCGGAUAUCGAGGUAGAGCUUCCUUUCGAUGCAGACGACGAUUACCUGGUCAAUUCAAGCAUAACGAGUCUUGAUCUGAUGCCUAAGCGUGGCCCGGGGCCUUCCGAAGUAUCCGUAUCAACUGAGUUCAAGUCCAUCGGUCACGUCUACACAGCCUUCACACGGUUACGAUCAGAACUGAACGAAUGGCGGGCAACCGCACCAAUCUUCCUCUACCCACGAUCCCUAUAUGAGCGACCUGAAUGGCAUGACUUUUUGCAUGAGAAGGAUAUGCUGCUCCUGGCUCGGGGUGCGAUGCACAACGUACCAUCCAAGCCGUAUGCAGGUGCUGCUGUAAAGGAAAUACUGACAGCCUGUUAUGUUUCUGCCAGCAGAAUUAUUGAGCUGUAUUCUACGUUGAUGGAGAAACGCGCAAUCACUUGGACACGCAGUUAUUUUCAAGUGAUCUUCACGGCUGGACUGACUGUCACGUUCUGUAUCAGUCUCGAGCUACUGAAAAGUAGUAUAGAAGCAGACUUUGAGCAGCGCCAUCCAGCCAGGACACUGGCUCUAUGCAGUGCUAUUCUGUCUUACUUCAAGGACAAAAUGCCAGAUGCGGCAUCUGCCGCCGUGGUCUUCGAUGUUCUGAAAGAUGAAUGUCUUAAAGAGAAUCUGCCUAGAGUUGAGACUUCUAAUCCCAGCCAGGAUCCAAUGCAUGACUCUGGAGCGCACCCUGUCCAUAAUAACUCAACCGUUAUGACCGGAGACCUUGAGCAGGCUUGUGGUACGAUGGCCGGCGCCAUGUCGCAGGACAACAUUGACUUGGGCCCCGGAAAUGGUCAGUUUGACCCACACUAUGGACUUGGUUCUCAACAGUUCGAUUUCAGCCUGACCAAUAACCUCAUGACCCAAUUGGAGGCUGGACUUGGAGAGUACGCAUGGGGUUCACUACCUCUAGACGGCAAUUUUUGGGAUCAAAUGUCAUUCAACUAUUGA